CCUAAACACAUGGAUGAUACUGAUAUGCCUGGUCUUCCGACGUCCUCGAUCCCAUGCAUUAUAGUUCCAACGCCGUUGUAAUGGAGUAAAUGGAUAGUCGCUAUUCGCGGAGAUGCCAAAGGUACGACAGCCGGCCAUGUUGCAAAAAAUGGCGCUGGACGCUAUCUACGAAUACGUUUUCCUCUGCUGCGACCGCACCAGCAUCGAAGACUCCCUGGACGAGCUGAAUCAGGUCAUUUCGGCCAUCAAGAAGGACGUGAUCAGUCGCAUGCCGUGGUUCUCGGUGGCGGACUUCUUGGCCAAGUUCCUAGAGCAGUUCUACUCCGAUUCCAGGCCGGCGGCGCAUCUAAAAGUCGCCUUAGAAGUCGUCAUGGACACAGAGAUAGUGGGACUGCAAUGCAAAGGGCCGAUCCUGGCCUACCUUGACCCCCAAGAUGGUCCGCGUCUACGGAGACUGGCGGAACUGGACCUCGACUACAUCUCACACUCGAUCCCCCUAAACCUGCACAACUUCCACCUGGACGAUCUGACGACUUUCGUGUUCGCUGAGAGAUGCACUGACCUUGACUUGAGCGUGGUUGGCCGGAACUGCACCAAACUGCAAGUGGUUAGAGUUCCGGACUCGCGGCGGGUCACGGAUGAAGGGCUUUCCACCCUCAGCCAGUGCUCUGACCUUCGUUUCGUCGACGUUCGCAGGUGCUCGGUAACGUACAAUGGCAUAAAUCGCAUGCUGUCCGUGCACAAGAAACUGGACAGAAUCACGGACGUUUCUGCAGAGACCUUGUCUCACUUGGACUCGUCAGUGUGCCCUUCAAUAUGCCACUUCGCUUCCAGACCUGACGACCCCAUCUCUUCUGCACACCUUCGCAAGAUCGUCUCUAAAUUUCCCAACAUCACUUAUUUGCAACUGGAGGGCGUUAUCACGGAAGAGUUGUCCAUACUUAAGUCUCUCAACAAACUUAACGGACUUGACCUCACGUUCUCGUCGGGUAUGUUUUACGACGAGAUCGAGGCGACGUGGGCCUGUAUCAAGGAACUCUUAACGUUCAAUGGGGUGAAUCUGACUACUUUGAAGCUCGCUUGUUGGGAUCAGGGAGUUUUUUGGCGGCAGGAAGAUCUCGAUUUCAUAUUCGAUUCAUGUCCGAAUUUAGAAUGCUUGAAGUUCGAUCACGGGGACGGCCUUGUAAUCGUUCCGUCUUUUCAGAAGUUGAAAGUAUUGAUACCGCAUAUCGCCAUUGAAUUUGAGUCUAUUGAAAUAUUGGACGAUCCGGUCAUAGAGUUUGACAAGUUGCCGAACCUUGAAACUCUUUCGCUUCACAAUUAUGACGUCAGUUUUCCGAUAAUAGAAUCGAUAAUGCUGGAUAAUGUCAAGUUCCCAAAAUUGUCCGUUAUCGAAACGAUUUGCAUGAAGAACGAAGAUUUGGAAGAAAUUCGUCGAAUUGCCAGAAUCAAGAAUUUGGAAUUUGAAAUAAAAAAUGAUCCGUGUUCCAACUGGUACAACAAUUACCGUUUCAACACUUCGUCCUCUUCGUCACCUUAGAUUAACAAUUAUUCAUCGUCAUAGAAUUUCAAUAAUCUGAAAUGACGUCGCUGAUGCGUUUUCGUUUAUUGUUCAACGAAUUUUACAUUUAUUUUCUCUGUUUCACUGCUUUAAUUUAAUAUCAGUUAUUCAGAGAUUAGGAGUCACGCUAUCGGGUGAUCUUAAUUUAACCUAAUUAUAGGUACGCAUUUCGCGACCUCUCUCUUUACUUAAAUAUUGUCGAUAAAUUUUAAGAAAUAAAAGUACUUGGU